UACCAACUUUUAUACGUGACAAAAACAUAGGAGAAACUACUCUACUACUCCUCAAAGACAGGUCAAAUUUUUGCAGGGUCAACAAAAUGUAUUGGAAUUGGAGGUAGUUAUCAGUGAUAAGUAAGUUAUCACAGGAAAUUCCAGAUUUGCCAAUCUGCAGUGAUCCUUCCUCUUCCAUGUCGUCUGAGGAUAGGAUGAAGUCUCUCUUUGCAGAUUUGGGACGUCCUACGCUUCGUGGAAUUCGGAAAUGUCCCAAAUGUGGUACCGUCAACGGGACGAGGGGUUCCAAGUGCAAGAACAAAGAGUGUGAUGUCGUCUUUCGGGGAAAGGGACGUCGAAAGGAGGCCACCCUUGAGGCCGUGAAAGUGUUAGGGCUCACGGGAUAUAAUGACAUUUAUUACUCUGUGCUGUGCAAAGAUCGCGGCGUUGGGGGCAAGGAUCACCGAAAUUUUGUCCAAUUGCUGUGGAAUGAGGGGGAUAGCAAUGACAGUUUGUCUAGCGGAAGUCCUGGACACCAGUACAGAUGCAUGCAGGAAAGUUGCUCUUCGAAGGAUGAGGAUAACCCGUGCACCCACAUUAAUGCAGCCCGAUUCUGCACUGCAGAAUCUGAACUCCUUCAACUUAAACAAUCCGUUUUUUCCACGAUCAGUAUUCCACCUCGUCAUUUAAACACAAUUACUUGUAGUCUGCAAUCUGGACGAUUAUCUGUGCAACGGGUCUCAAAGGCAGCCUUUGUCGUAGUCACGGAUUACUGUGAUGAUUCUGAAGGGGAUAUUAAGAGCAGAUUGGAAAUUGUUCAUUCAAUAUUUAGUAAACCUUCCAAAAACGAAACGACCAUUGAGAGGAUAUUCUAUUGUUCUUGUUCUGCCAUGAAGAAUCGAGAUGAUAAUCAAUCUUCUUCAGACCCACUUUACAUGAUGUGCCUACAUUUUUAUAUUUGCGCCUGCGCUUUUGCCAGCGAUGAAGCAUUAAUGAAGGAAUUUGAACAAAUAGUACCUCCCUCAAACCAAGAAGCACCAUCUCCAUUAUUAAGUCAACUUCAAUUCGUUACUAGUGACGGUAAACCGGUCGAACUGGAUACGCAGCUAUCUGUAGAAAUUAUGCGCGACAAUUUAUCCCUACUGGAGAUGAGCAUAUCCGCUCCGGACGAUAAUUCGCUGUCAAACGUCCAAACAUUAGAAGCUGUUUUGGCAGAUCCAAAUAUUGAUAAUGUCGAAGAUGCCUUAGCAUUUGAAGAUAGCACCGUGCUGGACAGCUUGGACGGUGAUCAUCAGGUGUGUCACAUUUUUUCCAACCAACAAGGCACCAUACACUUAACUUAUCCAUCACAAACGCAACAACAACUUCCUGACAUACCAACAACGCAACAAAUAUUUGAAGAACAACGACCCAUUAUUCCUCCUCCACAAGAACUGAAUUGCACUGACACUGAAAAUUAUAUGGAUAGUCAAAUGCCUGCCAAGAAACGAAAAUUGUGUCGAAUUAAUGACCAGGCUAAUCGCCUAUCGCCCGUCACAAGUAGUCCUAAUAACAGUAGGCAUACAAGUCAAAGUCCACCUACAUCACCUCCAAUUAAAGAACUGUUGUCCACAGAGGACGACAAGAUUAGACAUUUCCAAACAUUUGAAAUUUGGCUGGCCGGUGUUAACGAUAGAAUUAAUGCAACAAUGAAUUAUCAGCUCUCAACACAACCAGAUCCCCAUGUUUACUACAUUUCUGGUGCACACUUUGAGUAUUUAAAAGAAAGACUGACCUCUCUAGCUCAAUUAGUGGGUGGAAAAAAGAAACGUCUUCCAAAUCAUACAUUUGUCUUCCAGCGUCUCGAUAAACCACCAGUCGGCUCAUUUACAAAGAAUGUCUGGAAAAUUACAAACAUUCUCCAUCUCAUGAGUAUAUUUGAAUCCUCAAUGAUUCCGUUAAAAGCAAAGCAAUAUUUCCUAAAGUCAAGCAACGGUAAUUUUGUUGAAUGGUUGCCACCCAAGGUUGAGAACGAUAAAAGUCCCCGUCAAAGAAAAGUUCUACCUGUACUACAUUGCACUCAAUUAAAAUGCGGAAAACAUUUCCCUACUUCCAAAGACAACACGCCAUUCAUAAUAGAGUGGAUUCCAGACAUCUUUCGUGCUUCCAAACUCGGAGAAUUGUCGCUUCAUUUCGAAUUUUUUAAAAGUGAACCAAAUGUCGAAGAAGGACGAGAAUUGUCUUGCCGCGAUUAGUAGUUCGUAGCAAGCUAGGAUAUCCCGACGGCCACCUUACAAAUAUCGCCUCAAUUGAAAAUUCUCAAUGGAAGGAAAACAAAAGGGGUCGCCAACUCCAGCGUAAAGGGACAUGCAAGAUAAUUCUAAAUACGUAUGACUGAGCUGUCGUACAACGCGCAUUCACAUCUUUAGUCCAAGGAAAGGGCUAUAAAAUGUCGACAGAAAUCAAAGUCACGAACGAUCAUCACCAGUUUUCUAUAGAUUCGCUCUUCUUCAUUCGAAUACGUAUCUAAAUAUUAACAACAAUUACUAUCAAUUUUCACGAUUCUACGUAUUUAUUUCACCGGAGAAAGAAAAAAGUUAUUUACAAGCUAGCUUACAUAUAGCUGUCACAUCACAUUUGUAUAAAAAAGAAAUUGUUUAAAUUUCAGAGACGCAUGUUUGUAAUAAAAUUAAAAAAGUA